AUGGAAAUUAAUAAUACAUACUGCAGGUUUUGUGCGGAGCCCAAGAACAGUGAAAAAAUGUUAAAUAUGAAUGAAGAAAACAAACUAGAAGAAAUACAUAAAAAACUUUUGUUUCUUAAUGCUGAAUAUGUUGAUAUUUUAAAAGAAAAUUUACCUAAAACUAUAUGCUUUGUGUGUUACGAAUCUAUGAAUAAAGCCUAUGAGUUUCUAAACAACGUAAUGUUAGCCCAGACCGUUCUCGAUAGCAUGUUUCCCAAUACUGAAAUUGAGCUUUAUUUCUCGGAAGAUGAAAAGAAUUUUAAUACUGAUUUAAUAGACAAUGAUGUUAAAGUGGAGAAUGUCAACGAAUUAGAUGAAGUUGAAGUGAAACCUGAACCAAAAGAUGAUUCUGAAUUAAAUGUCAAAGAUUUUAUUGAAGCUGCAAUUAGAAAUAUCCCAGAAAUGAGCAUUUACGCGACCGAAGAAAACAGUUUAAAAAAAACAUUAACUAUGUGGAAGCAUUAUCCUUGGACCUGUUCUAGUUGUAAUAUUGAAUUUUUAAAUAUAGAGACAUUAAGACUACACAGCCAAAUGACUCAUGGGAGGUGUAAUGCUUUUGCUUGUGUGUACUGUAAAGAUUUCGAAUGUAGCACUUUUGAGCAAUUUGUCUCUCAUGUGAGAAAACAUAAACGGAAACUCCGGAAACGUUGUGAAUACUGUGAUGAAUCAAUUGAUGAGGAGGUUUUAAAUACACAUCUCAAACUUCACUUUGAAAAAGAAGAAGAAGCUUGCCAUCUUUGUGGUGAAAUUUUAACAAAAAAAGCUUUACAAGAACAUUUAAAAGAGUUUGAACCAAAUAAACCAAAACGUAAACCUAAUAGAAAAAGGGGGGCUCCACUCACUAUUGAAGAACUGACUUGUCAACUAUGUAAUAAGGUUUAUAAAACUCCGAAUAGUUUACGUGAUCAUAAGAAAAUACAUGCUAAUAAUCGCAAGAAAGAUUACACAUGUGAGCGCUGUGGAAAAAUGUUUUAUAAUAAAGGCACAUUGACAUCACAUAUAAUGGCACACAAUGAAGUGCGACCCCAUGUAUGUAGGAUCUGCAAUAAAUCCUUCAUGUUUCCGAAUAUGUUGCGUAGACAUGUGGAGAUGCAUUCUGGUGUAAAACCAUUCUCGUGUGAGCAAUGUGGUAGAUGUUUCCGGCUACAAUACCAGCUAAAUGCACAUAAAAUUAUACACACUGACUCAAUGCCUCAUGUAUGUAAAUAUUGCAAUAAAGCUUUUAGAUUUAAACAAAUUCUAAAGAACCAUGAACGACAACAUACAGGUGAUAAACCUUAUGACUGUGAGUUUUGUGGAAUGAAAUUUACCAAUUGGUCCAACUACAACAAACACACAAAAAGAAGACAUAAUAUAGAUACAUCUAAAAAGAAGAUAACUCCUGAAGGAGUGUUCCCUAUUAAUUUAGAUACAGGGGAAUUGAUUCAAAUGCAAGAUGCUUCUACAGAAGAAUGGAAAACUAAAAUCAUGAUUCCAGCUAAACGGGGAAAGAAAAAAGUAAAAAAGGAAGAUCUGAAUGAAUAG